AUGAUUUCUGUUUAUCACUUUGCUGUUCUGAAAUUGCUUGUUUAUUUUUCAUUCAUGCAUGGGGCAAGAAGCUCGCCAGUGGACCUAACUCUUGGAUUCACUGAUCUUCCAUUGAACCAAUCAAACCUUGUAGUUCAGAAGCCUUAUAAUUUACCUGAAAGCGCACGUUAUAGCUUUGUUGACGGAGUGCAUAAGAUGUGGGUGUACUCUACGGACAAACCUCACUCUAUAACUAGCAAAACCCAUGCACGAACAGAAAUACGUGUUACAGGCUACGAUUAUUCCUCUGGGGUAUGGCAAUUUGAAGGGCAUGGUUUUGUGCCCAAUGGUACUACUGCCGUGUGUAUUAUGCAAGUGUUCGGGUCUGCCCCUCCAACUGCCACCACUUUUAUGCUUAGAACCUACAACGGUUCUCUUACGUAUUAUACGCAUCCAGUUUUGGUUACAGACAUAUGGGGGAGAUGGUUUAAGUUAAAUGUGAUCCAUGACGUCGAUGCCUCGGAUGUGAAGGUUUACAUUGAUGGCUUCCUGGUUUAUGAGACUCCAGGCCGUGGCGGAGUCUCCCAUUACUUCAAGUGUGGGGUUUACCAAUCGAAUGAUUCUUCCUAUUAUACGGAGUCUCGUUGGAAGGGAAUUAGAGUUCUGAAAAAAUGUUCAUGA